ACGUUUAUACACAUGUAAGGGUCAAUUUGUUGCAUGAUUCUUAUAUUAAUUAAAUUAUUUUUCAUACUACCCAGUGUUUGGCUCUUAUUGGCCUUGCUAUAGUUAUUUUUUUAUUUUAAUCUUAGAGUCUAAUUAACGUGUUUGUUUAUUCCCAAUGAUAUAUUUUGGACAUUUCUGCUGUGUGGGUUAAAGCUCUCCUGUGUUCUCGCUGCGGCCAUCUUGUUUUAUGACGCUAGGUCAUAAGGACGCGAGGUGAAAAAAUACACGCUAAAAAUUCUUGCAAAAUAUGUAGAAAUAAAAGAAUGUACCCAUAAAGUGACACUUACAAUCGAUCGAGCAGAAGUGCAACAUAGUACUUGACGGCCAAGGCGGCUGAUUAGAUGUCAUCGGUGGGCUUUACUCAACAACAUGAGACGCGGCCGACCUCGUUAAAUUCCAGCAAACAACUCAUUUAACACCGCCACGAAACGAAUAUAUGUUCGCGCACAGGAUCAUCUUAAACGAAACUGCGCAAGCCCGCUCGAUACCGAUUUCUACGGAUUUACCAUCUUUCCAUUGAAUUUCACAACGAUCGAUCAUCAAAGAUAGCAGUCGUCAGCUGGCCUCGUAAUGAAGAUGAGUAUCCUCUUAUCAGAGCAAUACGCGUGUAUCAAUAAAAAAAUAAACGACUAGCUGACCCGUUAACAUGCCGAUCGCGAUGUGAACCUCUCGAUGGUCGUCAACGAUAAACGUCAGCUAUAGUAGCUCCGGUCGCGUGGUUGGUUCCGUUGCGAUUGUGGGAGCGUCGACGGCGACGACGGCGACGACGACGACGACGACGACGACGACGAGAAUUAUCGUUCAGAAGUGGAGAUAAGGUCCAACAGUCAUCGUCAUUAGCGUUGCGGCAGUCACCGCCGCCACAGAUCGCCGUCGCAAAUACAGAGCAGUUUAACGGAAUCGGAGUCGCGAUGUGUCAGUGAAUUUUGAAUCAUCGUUCACUCAGCGCGAGUGCAGCACACUUCGUGACACACUUCUUUUUCUUUAUUCUUUAUUCGCCGGUACACAGAAGUUUUCGCAAAAUGACGCAGAAAAAGGAACGAUCGACCGGAAAAAUCGAACUGAAGAGGGAACUAGGACUUUUCAGCGCGGUCAGCAUUAUCCUGGCGGUGAUGAUCGGUUCUGGGAUCUUCGUGUCGCCAACAAGCGCCCUUGAGCGCUCCGGUUCCGUGGGAUUUUGUCUGAUCGUAUGGAUCAGCUGCGGCGUGCUGUCUCUGUUCGGCGCGUUGGCCUUUGCCGAGCUGAGUACCGUGGUGCCGCGUUCCGGCGCCGAAUACGCGUACUUCAUAGAGGCUUUCGGGCCCUUGCACGCUUAUGCUGGUCAGAUACCGGCGUUCACCUGCUCCUGGAUCUACGUGAUGCUGCUGCGACCGGCGGAGGUGGCGGUGAUCAUAUUGACAUUCGCGGAAUACAGCGUACAGCCAUUCUCUGGAUUGCUCGGUGAUCUACCCGCCGAAUCCAUGGCAACGCUGAAAAAGCUCAUAGCAAUUAUGGCAUUGUCUGUGAUCACGUACAUCAAUCUCACUAGCGUGAAGCUCUACGUGAAGGUGCAAAACGUGUUUACCGUAUGCAAAGUGUUUGCCUGUAUAGUGGUAAUAGUCGGUGGGAUAUGGUGGUUGAGUACAGGUCGCACGCAGCUACUCGAGGAACCCUUCCGCGGUACUACCACGUCGGUCGGCGACGUGGCACUGGCUUUCUACAGCGGUCUCUGGGCGUACGACGGAUGGAGUUCAGCCUCGAUCGUCACAGAAGAGAUCCAGAAACCCGAGAUCAACAUUCGUAGGAGCAUACUCAUUGCGGUGCCUACUAUCACCGUUCUAUACGUGUCGAUGAACUUGAUGUACAUGGCGGUGUUAACCAUGCCGGAGAUGAUGAGCGCACCGGCGGUAGCUGUUUUAUGGGCGAAUCGGGUCCUACCACUUUGGAUGGGCUUUCUGAUACCGCUUGGCGUAGCGCUGUCGACCUUUGGUUGCGCUCUUAGCGUGCAAUUCGGCGUGUCUAGGCUCUGUUACGUCGCGGGCAGAGAAGGCCAUGUGCCGCGUGUUUUCAGUUACGUGCACAUCGAGAAGAUGACACCGGCCGCGGCGGUGGCCUUUCAGGGCGUGCUCUCGUUCGUGUGUCUGCUGGUAGGCAACAUAAUCGCCCUCAUCGAGUUCGCCAGUUUCCUCACAUGGGUUUUCUACGGGUUAGCGAUGGUUUCGCUAAUAAUCAUGCGACGGACGAAACCUGACGCCCACAGACCGUACUCCGUGCCUAUCGUGAUACCUUGGCUGGUGCUAGGUAUUUCCAUCUUUCUCGCAGUGUUACCGAUAGUCUACGAACCAUCGGCCAAGUAUCUCUUCGCGCUCUUAUUCAUUCUAGGCGGUAUCGUCGUUUAUCAUAUUUAUAUAUACAAGAAGACAAGAAGUAUUUUAGCAGCUAAACUAACAUAUUUCGUGCAAGCAUUAUGCUUAGUCGUCGCCCCAGACAAAGGAGACUGACCUAUUCCACAACUGGUGUACAUAAAUAAAUCAUGUUUGCUCACGUAACAUUUGAAGAUAUCUACUCUUUUUGAGUUAGAUAUGAAUUUCGUCAUUCGUAAAAAAAUGACACUAUGUUCCAUAAUUAUCUCUUUUAUUACCUAAAAUAGUUUAAUGAACCAGUUUUUGUGCAGUGUAUAUGAAUUGAAUUAACAAUGUGCCUUAAACUAUAUAAGGAUAUUUACAUGCUUACAUAUCUUAAGAAUGUGAUUGAAGUAUUUUAUACAAAGAGUAUGUUAAUAUAACUAAUAUCAUGUUUUCAUACAAGAUGUAAAUGCUUAGGAAAAAUAACAUUUUGUAUACUUGUAAUAUUUUAUAAAAUCAAUAUUACUUUAUGAAAAAGUAGAUAUAAUAAAUGCCGGCCACAGAAUAUGUUAAUUAUAAUAUAAUAAAUUGUAAAAUAUAUAUUUUAUAUAUACAGUAUCGUACACAUUUAUUAUAUCUAACAAUAUUUAUGUAUUUAAAAUAGCAAAUAGCUUAUGGAAAGUAAAAUCUAUACGAUCUA